AACUAAAUGGGAUCCUGCAGACCCACUGGUGGACUCUCGUAGGCAACUCAAUCACAGUCAAGAAGCACUGGCAUACUCACCGCCUAUGGCGCUAGAAGCCUGGUAGCGAAGAAACUAAACUGUAAUUUGAAGUGUGUACAGCUAGCUUUCAGUGGCUGCUGAACUUAAGGGUGAUUAAGAGCUGCUUGUGCCUGGGUGGAGAGCCGAGACUGCACAAGAGAUGGCGGCGGCAGCGACUCGAGCGGUUCUGCUACCCGGGGUGCGGCGGCGGUUGUGGGGUUUCAGCGAGAGGCUGCUGAUCCGAGGUGCUGCAGGACGGUCAUCAUAUUUUGGAGAGAAUAGAUUGAGGAGUACACAGGCUGCUACACAAGUUGUUCUGAAUGUUCCUGAAACAAGAGUAACAUGUUUAGAAAGUGGACUUAGAGUGGCCUCUGAAGACUCUGGGCUCUCAACAUGCACAGUUGGACUCUGGAUUGAUGCUGGAAGUAGAUAUGAAAAUGAGAAGAAUAAUGGAACAGCUCACUUUCUGGAGCAUAUGGCUUUCAAGGGCACCAAAAAGAGAUCCCAGUUAGAUUUGGAACUUGAGAUUGAAAACAUGGGUGCUCAUCUCAAUGCCUAUACCUCCAGAGAGCAGACCGUAUACUAUGCCAAAGCAUUCUCUAAAGACUUGCCAAGAGCUGUAGAAAUUCUUGCUGAUAUCAUACAAAACAGCACACUGGGAGAAGCAGAGAUUGAACGUGAGCGUGGAGUAAUCCUUAGAGAGAUGCAAGAAGUUGAAACCAAUUUACAAGAAGUUGUUUUUGAUUAUCUUCAUGCCACAGCUUAUCAAAAUACUGCACUUGGACGGACAAUUUUGGGACCAACUGAAAAUAUCAAAUCUAUAAGUCGUAAGGACUUAGUGGAUUAUAUAACCACACAUUACAAGGGGCCAAGAAUAGUUCUUGCUGCUGCUGGAGGUGUUUCCCAUGAUGAAUUGCUUGACUUAGCAAAGUUGCAUUUUGGUGACUCUUUAUGCACACACAAAGGAGAAAUACCAGCUCUGCCUCCCUGCAAAUUCACAGGAAGUGAGAUUCGUAUGAGGGAUGACAAGAUGCCUUUGGCACACCUUGCAAUAGCUGUUGAAGCUGUUGGUUGGGCACAUCCAGAUACAAUAUGUCUUAUGGUUGCAAACACGCUGAUUGGCAACUGGGAUCGCUCUUUUGGAGGAGGAAUGAAUUUAUCUAGCAAGCUGGCCCAGCUCACUUGUCAGGGCAACCUUUGCCAUAGCUUUCAGUCUUUCAACACUUCCUACACAGAUACAGGAUUAUGGGGACUGUAUAUGGUUUGUGAACCAGCCACCGUUGGAGACAUGCUACAUGUUGUUCAGAAAGAAUGGAUGCGACUCUGUACAAGUGUCACUGAAAGUGAGGUUGCACGAGCCAGAAAUCUUCUGAAAACAAACAUGUUGUUGCAGCUUGAUGGUUCAACUCCAAUUUGUGAAGAUAUUGGUAGGCAGAUGUUAUGCUAUAAUAGAAGGAUUCCCAUCCCUGAGCUUGAAGUAAGAAUUGAUGCUGUGAAUGCUGAGACAAUUCGAGAAGUAUGUACCAAAUAUAUUUAUAAUAAGAGUCCAGCUAUUGCUGCUGUUGGUCCCAUUGAGCAACUACCAGAUUUUAAUCAGAUUUGCAGUAACAUGUGUUGGCUUCGUGAUUAAAAUACUCCUAACGAAAAUUUUUUGAGCUGGGCACGGUGGCUCACAUCUGUAAUCCUAGCACUUGGCAAGGCUGAGGUGGGCGGAUUGCAUGGUCAGGAGUUUGAGACUAGCAUGGUGAAACCCCAUCUCUAGUAAAAAUUAAAAAAAUUACCUGAGCAUGGUGUCGCACACCUGUAGUCCCACCUACUUGGGAGGCUGAGGCAGAAUUGCUAGAACCUGCAGGCAGAGGUUGCACUGAGCCAAGAUUGUGCCACUGUAGUCCAGUCUGGGCAAGAGAGCGAGACUCCAUCUCACACACACACAAAACUAAGACCUAGAAAAAAAUAAACAUGUAUAUACAUUUGGAAAUUUAAAUGAAAUGCUGUAUCAUACUUUCAAAGGAUAAAAAGACUACCCGUACUCUGAAGGUUAUUUUGCAUCAGCGGUCAGUCCUUAUCCUCUGAGAAAUUAUGUUGGAAGGGGCACACUUUAAAUUAUUACCAUAGGUAUAAUUUUAAGAAUGAAAAUGUUUACAGUAUUUUCAGUUUUAUUAUAAAAAUGCACACAUAACAAAGAUUGUCAUUAAGUCAUUUCUUGGCUCUACUUGCAUUCAGCACUUGUUCUUGAGCAGCUUUCUUUGCUUUUACCAUCUCAACAAGUUCCUAGGAAGGGAGAAAGGUGUGAUUUAAGAAGUUGUCAGAAUUAAAAAACAGACAUUUUAAUGUAGUGUUUGGUAUAAAUAUGUAAAGAAUUCAAGAAAGUUUCUAAGGCUGCUCAUUUCUUCCUAAUAUUGGCCCCAUAACUACUGGUAUUGAAAUAAGCACUAUAUUAACCACUUAAUAGACAUAAAAUAUGACCUAAACUAUAUAACCUAGACUACAUAACCCUAAAUACUACAGAUUUGAUUUCCUCUCAGAAAAAAGAUGGAAGUGACAUGGCAGUAUUUCCUGCUCUUCUCUCCCCACUUCACAAUACCAAAGUAAAUGAUACUAUAUAACCCAAGUUACAAUUGAAAAUAUAACAAUCUAUAAACUCUAAAUCUGCAACCUUG